ACUGGCCUUUGCCUUUACAACUGUCGUGUUGGCGUGCUCUGGUGGAGCGCCUUGGUGGUGAGGACACUGGCGAUAGAAUUGGAGUAGUCGUACCAGAACUGCUGCUUGGUUGCUGUUGGUGCUGGAAUCUGAGUGUUUCAUUGAGGUUAGUGAGGGUGGCAUUGAGUUCACGUGUUGCAGCAUUUUGAUUUUCUAAAAUUCUGGUGAUAGAUUCAUUGAUCAUUUGAUUGUUUUCUAAGAUGUUGAUAUAGCUUUGCUUUUGUCUGUGCUGUUCUUCCAUUAUGCAUUGUAAAUUGCCCAUGACAUGUGUAAUGUCUGCACGCAUGAUUUCCAUGGUAUUGGCAAUUCUGGUGGUUGGUUCAUUUUGGCGACUGAUAUUUCUGCUGAUUCUUCUGAGGUGAGAUGGCAGGCUUGCAAAAAUGUGGGUCUGCCUACGCAGGCAAUCUUGAUUAGUGGCCUGCUGUGUAGCCCAACUGUCCCACAACACUUGAUCAGGGCCUUGUGCUACUGGUGUUGUUGGGCUGAGUUGUGGUGGUGGUAUGCUUUGCUGUGGUGGUGUACUCACAGGUGCUGGGUGGCUGAUUCCUUCGAUUACUGGCUGCAUUUGUUUAAUGUUUGUCUUAUCCAUGUCACUGUGUUGCGGCUGUUGCGUCGGGAUGCUGGUACCAGUACUAGAAUCUGGAAUUAGAAUCAUUUUGGCGUUAGUUAGCCAUAUGUUUGAGAAAUUAAUACAAAGCAAUAAACAUGGAACACAUGUAUCUGAAUGGUGCUUUCAGAUAUCCAGCAUAGCAACAGCAUUACUCACAACUUAAAUACAGACAUAUUCCUGUUUGUGGCAAAUGUGUCUGGUUACUUCAUUCUUAAAGCAAGCACAUGAGUUGUAUGGUAGAUCAGACAUACUCCACCAUAAAAACACUUUAAACCAUAAUGUGUUGCCUUAUAGUGUUUAAAACAAAUAUAGUAAUGUUUUUGCAUGUUGGUGCCAAUGUUAGGACAAACACAUAUGUGAAAUUGUGGGGAAAAACCUUACUAUUUGCCAAGCUUACACAUGUGUUUAUGUUGCAGCAUCUUCCACACAAUCUGCUACUGUAUGGCUGAAGUGGACAUACAUAUCUUUACUGGAUGUGGACAAGUCCAUUUUGCUCAAAUUCCAUUUGAUGUUUUAGUGUUUUCGUUUCUUACUCACAAUCAAGAUGAGGGGAGUGUGGUUGGCGUCUUGGAGGUGUGUCCAAAAUUUGGAGUGGUGGAACCGAAGAAACUGUAGACAUUUACUGUAUCUUUAUGAUCAUAUUAAGGCAUCACCAGUUCCAGACCAGCUCAAUCAGAUAUUAGUAAUAAUGCCAAUCUCUUUCUACAAAACAGGAAAGAUUCAGUCAGUUGCUGAAAAAUAUGGAGCCAACAUGGAGAGACCUGAAAGAGUUACUUCAGUUAAACUCCAAACUUGUCUGUCUUACACACUAGUAGCACGACUUGCUCCACAUUGGAAUAAAGCUGGACAUCUUCUAAUUCAAGGUCACAUUAGUACUUUUCAACUAACAGGGCUGGAUUACGGAGAAGAUUUCUUGGCAAAAUCAGGAAAGCAGGCUGCAGUUGCAUUGCACAUUAAUGUGUCAGAUACUGAAAUUUGCAUCAGUGUACAAGUGCACACAAUCCGACUUCCUCCCUGUGAGGUGUCUGAUUUUAAUAUUACAACAGGUCCCUUAGAGAGUUUCGUAAACAGAAGAAGUUCUGUUAUUUUGAGCCAUUCCAUCUGUAGUAAUUGGUGCUACAUCUUACCUAGCAUGAAGAUGGGUCAAAUAAUAAACAUCAGUCAUGACAUUCCAUUAGAAAGUCCAUUUAAAUCAUACAAAGACUUUCAGAAUCAUUGGAACAUGCUGGUCAAUAACCCAAACUUAGUUAACCUGACAACAGAACUUCACUUCAAAUCUGUUUACCAGGAUUCAAACCACUCAAAAAACAGUACAGAAAAAAGCCAGAAGAUGGUGCAUAUGACAGAACAACCAUGUGAACUUUCUCUUGGAAAUUUGCAUUCAACAGAUAAUCAUCCACCAUUAGUCUAUGUAGAAACCAUUGAAUCUCGGUGUUCCUACCCAUCUGUGUCUCCUGUAGGAAAAACAGAAAGAUAUGUGCCAGUGUUUCAGAGUAAGGUUUCAAAUUUUACCCCAAAAAAUUUUACACUUGCAGCUGGAAAUACAAAUGUUGUCAUUCCACAGACUCUCAAAACAUGUAACAAAUCGGACUUUAAAAUAAAAAAAAAUCUGUCAGUGAAUUAUAUAAAUUGUCAAGUUAAAUCUACUAAACCUUUGUUUAGUCAGGUUUUAGAAGAUAAGGGAAAAUUAACAGCAAACAAUUUGUUAAAUAAACUCACAAAUAUGAAAAAUAAUAAAGAAACAUUUAGCAAAACUAUUAAUACCACACCAGUGACCUGUUCAUCUGUUAUUGUAAAAACACAAUCUGCGUCUUCUCAAGAGAAGUACAUGCCUGCCUCAAUCACAAAAAGUGCUGAACAAUUCCCAACAAAGGUCAAUGGAUUAAAGAAGAUACCAGCCUGUGCUUCACAUAAACGAAUGGCACAUCAAAAUGAUACUGAAAGUAAUAAUAACUCCAUCACAAGAAUUGCAGCAUGCUUAGUUCCUGACAGAAAUAUACAGGAAGAAUAUUUGGAAUUACAUCCUAAAAAAUGCAGAAUAAAUCAAAACUUGAAAGAAGUGGAUGUAGAAAGUCAUGCAAGAAAUAACCAGUUAUUUACACUGAGAAAUGCUACUCUACAGGACUGGCUCAAGCAGCAUGGAAUCUCUACCAAGACCAGAGACAAAAAAGAACAACUGGUGACAAAAAUCAUGCAAUUUAUACAGGAAUCAUAAGCAAUUUUGCCAAUUGUGUUUUUUUGGGGGGGUUUUGUUUGCAGGUUGGUAACUUGUGACAUCAUUUUAGAAUAUUUGAUGAUAUUGAAAAAUAUUUGCCUAAUUAUACUGUACUGUUAAGAAAACGUUCUGAUAGUUACACAUUACGUUUAUUGUUAUACAGUAUUUUUUUCUUUGUUUUUACAAAAGUAAUAUACAAUUACAUGCUUUUGAAAAAAAACAUAACUUCUAUUCUCCUAUAAAAUGUUCCAAAACAUUUCUUUAUGACAUAACAAUACAGCUAUUAUUAAGCAUUAUAUACAUGUUUCAAAAGGCAAAAUGUGUGUGCAAUAAAGAAAGAAAAUUAAAAACAGAAUUAACAGUUACUGUAGGUAUAAACUCAAGAAUCCCAGGCUAAUGAGAUUAGAUAACAAUAUUUUAACAGUGACCCUGCAGCUGGAAUACAACAUUGAAUGCCCCCCAUAAGUAAACUGUAUAUCUCUUCAUCAGUAACUAGUUUUCCACUCAACCAAGAAAAAAACGCAUGACAGGCACAUGCAAAAGAAGUACAGUAAUAUUCCCAUCACUACGUAAUUAUUUUUAUAUUAUAUUUACGUGUGUGUGUUCUUUUAUCUGUAACAUUAUUCAUACAUUUCAUGGUUGUUAGACCCAGAAUUGUUAGAAAUUCUGGAUUUGUUGCUAUAGUACUAUAGAUAAUGGUGUCACGAAAGAAUACAUUUAUUUGGGGGUUAUGUUUUUUUGUUUGCAGAUGUCCAUGUGUUUGUCUAGAAUAUUGCAUUGUCAAAUUUCCUGUUAUUAGAAUAAAAAUGCAUGGUGCAUAACAUCAGCUUUCAUUUUUCCCCAUUUUACUUAAUGCUAAUAAAUAUUUUAAUCCAA